ACGCCGCUGGUCCACAUCAUUCCAACUCAUCAUGCGAGUUGUGACCACGAUAUUCUUUACUGUUCUACUGGGCUUAAAAACAAUUGAGGCAGAACAUUUGGAUCUUAAGCCAGAUGCGUUGUCUAAAGAGCAGCAAGAAGAAUUUUCGACGGAAUUGGCCUUUAUAGACAAGGAUGGUGAUGGAAAAAUUACAGAUGCUGAGCUGAAACAUCUUUUAAAGAAUCUUGAAAUAGAAGUCAACGACGAUGAAGUUAGAGAAAUGAUUAAGUCGGCUGACACUGAUGGGAACGGGCACCUCAGCGUAUCUGAAUUAAUGAACCGGUUCUAUGGAAGUAUUUGGAAAGAAAUCCAAGAAGAUGUGCACGAGGUAUUUCCAUUUGCCGAUAAAGACAGAGACAACAAGAUUACUUUGGAUGAAUUUAAAAAAUUUAUGAAGAACAUAACACCAGGUAUAAGCGAUGAAAAAGUCAAAGAAAUGCUCCAACAGGCAGACAGUAGCAAUGACGGGACGAUAAGCCGAGAUGAAUUCUGUCAUAUCCUCCUACGCUAUUUUCAACCACCGCCUGCUGAGGACUUACACCAAUCGGGACAUUCGUUUAAAAAGUUUUUUAGGUGGGCAAGAGGCAUUUUCUCUUCACUGGCGCAAUAGCUCUAAAGCUAAAAAACUUUAUUGUCCAACUUAAAAAUUGUUCAUGGAAAAAAAACUAUUGAUAAUCGUGUUAUACUACUUGUGAUUUCCACUCUGAUUUCCCUGGUUAUGUUCAUACAUUUUUGUUCAGGUAGGAAAAUAAGAAUAAAAUACGGUA